AUGUUGUUAAGUGAUUUUAGCGUUGAGAUAUUAGUAGACGGAGAGCCAUUGACAGAGUACUCGGCAGAAAAUAGCUCAGUUCUUACUACCGGAAAUUCGUUCUAUUACAAAAAACCCGAGUAUCGUGUACUAGAGAAAAGCACACAAAAUUAUUACGUGGCUAUACCAUCACCUGGCACUCAAUUCACGGUUCGAUUAUCUGCAGCAUGUGCUACUCAAGAAGAGCCAAUAAUGGCGUUUUUAUAUGUGGACAGAAUCAACGAUUUCACUCAUAUUGCGUUGACUGAUAAAGGAUCGAAGAUAAAACAAUAUUUCUGGAAUGACGAACGCGAUGUAAAAUAUGCUCUUCAAUUCGGAAAGUAUCGAUAUCCGCUGGAACCACCUCCAGACCCUAAUCUACCUAUCUACACACCAACUCAUAUACCCGGGAAGAAAAUGCGUGCCACUUCUAGAGUUUUACCACACAAUAACGUGCAAGGAGCAUUGGGCACAAUCUCUGUGUACUUUUAUCGUGCAAGACAAGUAUCCAGGAUGGUUGACAUUCCACCAUUUCGAAUAAAGUCAUCUAAUAUUACAGAGGCUCAUAGGACAAAAGAAGGUAUUUCGGAGCAGAUAGGAUUUAAGCCCUUUGACCUUGAGACUCGUGAAAUGGUGCCUAUCUUAUGUCAAUUGGAAGCUAUUGAUGAUCAUGCUAUUGUCGCUUUGCACAUUCAUUAUCGGUCGAGGGAAUGGUUGAUGGAGCAUAACAUUAUACAGAUGCAACCUAUACCGGAAAUCCUGAGUGCCAUGGCACCGCCUUCAUUCAGAAUAAGCUUAAAGAGGCCAGCACCUAAAUCGGAUGAAGCAUUACAAGAUA